AAUUUUGAUUUCAGACUCGCAAAAUGGUCCAGAGAUUGUGUUAUAGACGUAAGAACCAUUACAACACUAAGUCCAACAAACGGCGACUGGUGAAAACUCCGGGAAACAAGUUGGUGUACUUGCACAGAAACAAGCAAGGCCGAGUGCCCAGGUGUCCCGUGACGAAGCAGAAGCUGCACGGCAUCAAACCCGCCAGACCUGGAGAAAAGUCGAGAAUUGCGAAGAAGAACAGAACCAUCACGAGGCCUUACGGUGGUGUGUUGAGCUGCAAGGCUGUGCAGAACAAGAUUCUGAGAGCGUAUCUGCAAGAGGAGAUGAAAAAUGUGAAGAAGUACCUGCAGGCAAAGAAGAAGAAGUAAACUCUUUCUCUUCAGUGUUUCGCCACUUGAGUGUUUAUUCCACAUGAGUUGAUUGCCUUGUCUGAAUGCUGUUAUAGAUAUUGAGACUGGCAGAAAUUGAUUUUUGUGACGAAAUAA